AUUUUCAAUUUACUUAAAUAAAAAGAAAAAGGAAGGAGUUCCGCUUGCACGAGUGCAGGGGAGCUUCUUUGACACGAGAAGUAUAGUUGAAGCUUGUUUGGUUACCGAGAAAAUAAAAAAAGUCUCAUUCUUUCUGUCUGAAAUUACUCUCAGAAGUAAAAGAUGGAGGGUUUUCAAGAAUUUGAACCCAUUUUUAAUAAACCCAGAAUUGGAUGGGCAAAGAAUUCAAACCAGGGUUCGGGUUUGAUGGAUCAAUUCUUGAUGCAUAUAUUUGCUCCUGAUGACAAUCACCUUAAAAUUCAAGUAACUGAUUAUCAUUCCAAUACUUUUGAGGCUGUUAAGUCAGUUAUGCAGCUUGAUGACAUGAGGGAUUGUAUUGGCAUUGGAGGGUCUUGGACUGAGUUUGUUGAGUACCUUGUUGCUUCUUUUAAAGCUGAAGAUGUAAAGCUUGUCCUUGAGAAACUUUCGGAUUCGGAUGGUGUGGCAUAUGCAAAAUUAGUGGCUCAGAAAUCGAAAGGAAUGCCACUAAUUUCCAUUUCCCUCACAAAACUUCUGGACAAUGCAGCUAGGGAUGCCAUGUCAAACAUGUCUUUUGGGCUAUUCAAGGCAUUCAAAUGCACGAAGAAUUUGGUUCUACAAGAGAAAGAGCACUCUUUGCAGUUGACAAAAGUUAUAUCAGCCGAGAAGGAGAGGAGUGAAAAUAUCCAGAGUCAAUUGGGAAAGAGACAGAAGUUAGAAAAGAUGAAUUCUUCAGACAGACUAGAUGUUUCUGGUCCUCCAGCCAGUAAUGGAGCACAAAAUUCUCCAGACAAACUAGCAGGCCGAGAUCCUGCCUCAACAAAAGUUACCAAUCGUGUUGUACCAGCAUUUCGCAGGGCAAAAGUGAGGGGUGCCUUACUUCAGGAUAUAGAAGAUGACAAAGGUAACUAGAAGCCAAUCUGACAGUUCGUUUCAAUAUGUACUGCAAUUAAAGAUUCGAGAUUAGGAUUAUGAUUGACAUAUAAUAUACCAAGGGGAGGAGGAGGAGGCAGUUUAAGGACAAGGAGUAAUAUCUUAGCCUUACUCAUUAGGCAACAAAUGUAUAUCAGAUUUGUAACUUAGUAGGAAAUAAAGUGUCUAAAUCAAAUUUGUAUUUUACAAAUUGGUAUUUUGUGGACAUGUAUGGAUAUUCUUAUAACCUCUUGUUUAUACAAAAUGCUGAUUGAGUUGACGUGACCUUAAGCAUCA